CGCACUUGCAUUACUCAAGCCAUAUUUUUACACUACGGACUUGCAAGAAAAUUACCUAAUGCAUUUGCACCUUUCCAUUGCUAUUAUCGCCUUCCUCGCGGCGUCCCUAGCGAGCACUCGAGACGUUGAUGUUGCUAUCAUUGGCGCCGGCUUGUCAGGAUUAGCCGCAGCCAAGGACAUUGCAAAAGCAGGCAAAACUUUCCUUAUCCUUGAAGCGCGUUCUCGUGUGGGUGGCCGCGUACUGAAUGCACACCUUGCGAAUGGAGAGGUCCAGGAGCUUGGUGCCGAGUUCGUUGGGCCGACCCAGGACCGUGUGCUCGCUCUCGCAGAUGAACUUGGCCUGACAACUUACCCAACAUACACAACUGGUAAAGCAAUCCUAUAUCGAAACGGCACCGUUACUCCUUAUGACGCGGAUCUUGCCACGGGUGGACUGCCUCCGGUGAGCUCGGAAGCCCAGGAAGAGCUUGCGAGCCUCAUGACCGAACUCGAUGCUUUGGCGAGUGAACUAGAUGUUAAUGCUCCCUGGGAACAUGGCAAUGCUUUGCUGUGGGAUAGCAUGACACUGAAAUCUUUUUUUGAAUCUCGGAUCGGUCUACAAGAUUCUCGGUUGCUCUUCGACACUGCCAUUCGAUCUAUCCUUUCCACGGAGACGGAGGAGCCGUCCCUACUCUAUAUGCUGUCGUACAUAGCUGCCGCAGGAAACCAAACAACCCCUGGGACCAUUACCCGGCUUAUAGGUAGCAAGGGAGCCGCCCAGGAUAGUCGAGUUGAUGGUGGCACUCAACUGUUGGCGGAGAAACUGGCGGAGAGACUGGGGCGAGGAAACAUCUUGCUGAAUUCGCCAGUACGGGAGGUUAAGCUACAGGAUGGCCGUUACAGUGUCAGGUCUGACCAGGUCAAAGUAACGGCCAGACACGUCAUCAUCGCCAUGUCCCCCCCGAUGGCAGGCCGGAUCUCCUAUGAUCCAUUACUCCCGGCGGCUCGGGAUCAGCUCACUCAGCGCAUGCCCAUGGGCUCCAUUGGGAAGGCCAUCGCAAUUUAUCCCAGACCAUGGUGGAGAGAACUAGGGUUCAACGGACAGGUCCAGAGCGAUACCGGUGUUAUCCGAGCGACAUACGAUAACACCCCAGCUAGUGAGGGCUUUGGCUCCAUCAUGGGGUUUAUUGAAGCCGAUGAGAUGCGCGCCCUCGACGGGGUCUCAGAAGCCGAAAUCAAAAGGCACGUUACAAGGGAUCUGAUCAACUUUUUCGGACCCCAGGCGGCCAAUGUCAGCCAGAUAUUGCUACAGCGAUGGGAUCUCGAGGAGUUUUCACGUGGUGGUCCUGUUGCCUAUUGUCCUCCUGGGCUUCUCUCGAAGUACGGACCAUCCUUACGGAACCCGGCCGCCAGAAUUCACUUUGCUGGCACUGAGACCGCUCCUUAUUGGACCGGCUAUAUGGAUGGGGCCAUCCGCUCCGGUGAGCGAGUUGCAGCAGAGGUUGUAGCGGAUUUUUGAUCUGUACAUGGAUCCUUAAUCUUCCCAAAGCGACUGGGUCGGAAGGAAUCCUCAGCUAUCAAUCCCCGAGUAGCGUGCAAGGACGGAGGAAGGUACCUUGCAUAUAAAAGCGCUUAAGUGUCUGAUCAGAGGCUUACUGAGAUUUGUAGUCC